AAUGAAGUAUAAUGAUGUAACAAUUAUUGUUUACAAGGAAUGUUUUUGAGAUAUUGUCAAAGGUAUAAGGUUUUAAAUAGAAAUUUUCAACAAUGUGUAAUUAUCAGUAGUUUAGACUUUGCUUUUGAACCGUAACAGUUAUCAGACAUAUUUCAUAGAUAUGAAUUAUUCACAAAAUAAUCUAAAAUUAAGUACAUAUAGGUGUAAUAGGUAUCUACUGUUUAUAAUGCUCGUUAUAAUGGAAAUUGGUUUUCGUUUUUUUUGUACUCGAUUGCGUGUGUCGUGCAUUUUUACAAACCCAUGUAUUUUAAUUUAGGACUUUUAAUUAUUGUGACGAAAUGUGAUAAAUAUUCGUAACUUAUAAUGAAAUGAGUAUCCGUGAUGACCAUGAAGAUGUCAACCGCAUACAGCUAGCGACCUGCAAAGAUGAUGGACAUACGAGUGAUUUUGAAAAUGUCAGCCCGACAAGUUCCGAAUUCCGGUGUGACGGCAGUGAAGACGUUUGCAGAAACCGGCUGGUGGUUAGCUCGAGUACGCUGGAAACACAAGGCGAAUCGCCUAAAUGCAUGUAUCACUUAUUGUCGCCGACUAUACCGGCCAAGACACCUGUAGACCCUAGAUUUUCUUCGGACAAACCACCGCGGAUACGAAUGAUAUUGCCCGAGCUUAAUAGAGUUCUAUGCAGCAACCGCGUAAGCCAAAUGACAAAAACCUAUAAUGAUAUCGAAGCAGUAACGCAACUAUUAGCAGAAAAAGAAAAAGAUUUGGAGCUAACAGCGCGUAUUGGCAAAGAACUUUUGACCGGCAAUCAAACUCUUGAAGCCAGAGUGGGAUUGCUUGAGACAGAGUUGAAGACUGUCAACGAGCGUUACACACAGGCUUCGUACGAGCUACAGAAAAAAAACGACCUCAUCAAAAUACUUAGCAACGAUGCCGACGAAACCGGCUACGAAGCGAAUGAUGAUGAGGUUGAAAAUGAAAAGUAUUACGGAGUCAGUGUCGGUUAUUUGCAAACGCGCCUCAAAAAUCUCGAAGACGAAAACCGCACUUUACGUGGUGAGGCCAAUAGACUUGCAAUGGAAACCGACGAGGUAGAAGCCAAAGAAGCACAACUAAUGUCUGACUUUGCAUCUCAACUCAGUGUCACGAAGUCUGAUCUAUCCGUCAUCAUGGAACAAGCGGACAAGCACAGGGACGAGAACGUAACACUACACAACAACUGCGAGUUUCUACGCUCAAAAUUGUCUAGCGUCGAAGCAUCGUUAAAAAUCAAAAAUGAUGAGAAUGAAGAACUUAUGGCCAUGUUAAUGUUGGCAAGAGAUACACAAAAUGAGUUAGCAUCUGAGAUUGUCGAGGUGAAAAAACAAUAUGAAGAAGUGCUUACAAUGCUUCAUGAAUGUCAAACCGAACUCAAAGGGUAUAGGGACAAACAUAUACCACUAGCUCGAGCCGGACCUCUAUUCACAUCUCUUCCACCAUACUUGAACUCAAAUGGGCUGCAUAGUCAUGGUCAUAGUUCUUUGGAGAGCUCAUUAUUUUCUGAACUUAGUCUUGAUUCAGGAAUAUGUACAGGACGAAUGUCUGGAGCAAGUAGUUAUAAAAAGUCUAUCGGAAUGAUGAAGCUAACGUCAUCUAUGGAAACAAGCACUAGAAAUUUGUCUAGGCAAACAGCUUACAAUGAUCUUACUGAGGAAUCUCCUACCCAAAGUGAUUGUGAUGAUUUCUCCGACACCGAUUCGUUUAUUAUUGAACAACCUGGUAUACCUGGUGCUCCUGGAUCUGAAGAUUUAGCUAAUGCCUUAAAACGUCUGACCCCAGCAUCGAUCAAAGCUCGACGUGCAGCGUUAGGAUCUGGUUUCAUGUUUGCUGAUCCUUAUGACUCGGCCGAUACAAGAACCCCUGAUUCGAUUAUGUCUACUGGUAGCAUAAGUUUGACAACUUGGAAAACACCAAAUAAACUACAGUUGGUUAAACCCAUGCAAGGUUCAUUUACACUACAACAGUGGAAUGCUCAAUCAGUUCCAUCUCUGAGCUCUAUUUUGGAAGAACAACCUCAAGGCGUUAUCAAAAAAUGUGAUUCGACCGCUCCCAUAGCAGGGCUUCCUCAAACGUUUAGACUUGAUGAAAUCGAAGAGGAUGAACCUAGAACACACCCUGGAAAAAUGUUUCAAAUGUCCACCCACAUCACUACUAUUACCAAUUCCAGGGUCAUGCAUCCAGAUGAUGGUACAAGUCUAACAACCAGUAUUCGAGGUAGUGCUAUGUCAACUGCAGUAAAUAGCUGUGUCAAUAGUCGAGUACCUACUAGAGAGUCUACACCCAUGUUAUCUAGGAGAAAUUCGACUACAACAUUUUCUACUAAUUGUGGAUUAGCAGCUAUGUUAAAUGAAAGGGGUAUUAGGGCAAUUACUCCUUCUGCCCUAGCAACUCCUAUGUUUUCUGCAACAGCUACACCUUGUAACAGUCCAUAUGGAUCACCUGGUGGAUCCCCUGAUCGUUCUCGUUCACCUUCCCCAUCAGACUCUCCAUACUCCCAUCCAUUUGGAUUACCUGGUUAUUUAAUGCACAGUGGCGCAAAAUUAUUGAGGAAAACGUUGACUGGCACUGAAAGAGGAACUGAACAUCAUAAGGCUCGCAAAUCAAAAUCACUUGUUAGGCCAGACAAAAAGACAUUGGCUGGUAUACGACUUGUGGAGACGAUGAAACACUAUAUACCAACUGUUCCUCCAGAAGGUCAUCCUGUAUUCGACAUUGGAGACUGUAUUCCCCCUAAGCCUGAAAAUGGUGCAUUGCAACGACGACUAAAACAAUUGGAUAGUGGCAAUGAUAGUGGCGGGCCCAGGCUUCGUAUGGAUUUGGGUACUGUAGGUUCUUCAACAAAUGAUCCUCAGCCUCCGCGGGGGACACUCAUCAGUUCCAUGUUUUUUGCUCGUAAAGGAGGGUUACUAUAAAAAAAAAAUUAUUUAAACCUAGUUCGCCUUAAAUGUACAACGGUGCAAUGUUAAUGUAUAAUUUUAUUUUUAAUAAGUUACUGUAGAAACCCAAAGCAAUCAAAUGUAUUUGCUGGUUUAUAUCCUACUCAAUUGACCAUAUUUAAGAAUCAAACACAAUUGCAUAGGUUUUUUUUUAAUCAUUAAAUAUGAUUUCCUUACAAACCUUUUAGUUUAUUCUAAUUUUCAAAAUAUUAAUGUAUUAAGUAUUUCUAAAAAAAUUCAUCAUAACAACACUUUACUUUUUUUUCAAAUGAUAGACAAUUUUUUUUUUCAGAUUUAACCAGUAGUAACUCAAACUAUUUUCGCAUAUUAUUUAUUACAUAAAUAGUAACCAUUAAAAUGUUAUGUAUAUUAAUUAUUUAAUAGUCAUGCUUUGCUCAUGCCUAAAAUACGCAAAUAACGUAUUUGAAAUGCUUUAAGGUGCUAUAUAAUUUAAUUUAUAUAUAUAUAUAUAUGUAUGUAUGUAUAUGUAUAUAUAGUAUUUAUUGUUUUACUUCUUAUUUAAAUGAGUCUUUUGAGACUACAUCAUAUUGGUCAUUUCAAUUUGUGUAGCUUUUACAUAAAGGACUUAUGCUUUUAGGCAAAUAUUACUUAGAUUGUAACUAUUAUUUAAUUUCUCAUUUUUAUUUUUCUUAUUCUGUCUGUGGUCAAACAUUAUUCUAUAAAACCUAACAAUAUUAUUAUUUUUUCAAUGUAUAAUAUCCAUUAAUAUCCAUGAAUACACAUUUAAUCUCUUAUUUAAAUUUGAGUUUUCUAAAAUUGUUCAUUAAGUCGCACAAAGUAUUCAAUAAUAAUUAUCUAUUAUUGCAUUUAAAGUUAAAAUCAUUAAAUAAUCAGUCAUUAUUUUUUUUUAUUAUUAUUAUCAUUUUAAUUAAAUUAAUGUACGUAAUUAGUUAUUUUCAUCUCAACCAAAAAAAAUUAUUGGUGCGAUUAUUUAUAUCUUUAUUAUUUUUAUUUAUUUAUUUUUUUUAGAUAAGUUUUUACUAUUAAUUUUAUGAUAAUUAAGUUUAUUUUUCCUUUUACCAAUUAAUUCUCUUACCAAAUUUUUUCAUUUUUUUUUUUUUUUUUUGUUAAGUUUGUCCGGUUUUCAUUUCUUUAAAGAUCAAAAAAACCAUUCGAUCAAUAUUACUUUUAAAAAUGUAAUACAAUAUUGUUAUUGUUUAUAGAAUAAAAAUGAAAACUGAACAAGCAGAUAGUUUUACAAAAAUUUUCCUUUUAGUUUGCUUUAAGUUUAUAUCAAACCCAAUUAUUUUGUUUUGAAAUUGUUUUUUUUAUAUGGUAUCUUCCAUACUACUCACUCAAAGUGGCAGAUUUUAGAAUGCGUUAUACGUACCUACAUUGUAUAUACAUUUUUAUUUAUUUAUUAUUAUGUUGCGCAUUACCUUGCCGUAAUAGUUGCAAAAUAAGUAUUUCUGUGUUAAUGUUUCUCAUACGCAUAUGGACAUAUUUUCUGUUAGCGUAAGAGAAAAAUAAAACAUUUCUUUUAGUUAUGAAUGUUGUUUAUUAAGCGAUGGAGCCCCAAGGUUCGAUAUAUAUAUAAAAAAAAAUUUUUUGACGAGACUGAGCUAGUAUUCAACCAAAUUAUGUAAAUUAAAUUUACUAUAUUUUUAAUUAGUUAUGUUAGGCAAAAAAUUUUUCAACCUGUGACAUCCUCUUUUUUUUAGGUUGAAAAAUUGUAUACUAAUAGUAAAGUGCUAAUGGUUAUACUUUUAACAUGUAAAAUCAACCGUGGCAUUGUAUUAGCUGAUAAAAUAAUUUAUUCUGUAUAAUGUAAUUAUUUUUAGCACUAGCUGAAAUAAAUAAAGAUGUAUUUGUUGACUGAAGCCAAACAA